GUCGUUGUCGCUAUGUCCGGCGGAGUAGACUCUUCUGUCACUGCACGACUUCUUGCGGACAAGGACUACGAUCUAUCGGCGGUGUACAUGCGAAACUGGGAUACGCGGGAUGAAUCCGGGUCGGAUAGAGGGUGCGAGUGGGAAAAGGAUUGGGAAGAUGUUCAGCUUGUGUGUCGGCAGGUCGGUCUACCAUGUGAAUUGAUUGACCUGUCGAAAGAAUACUGGACGUCCGUAUUCGAGCCGUCGCUGGAAGCUUGGCAGGCAGGAUUAACGCCGAAUCCGGAUAUUUGGUGUAAUCGAGAAGUGAAGUUCGGUGCACUCAUGGAUCAUGUGGUUAAGAAGAACGGGGCUCAGUGGUUGGCAACCGGUCACUAUGCAGGCGUUGGGUGGAUACAAUCCGGUCCUUUAAGGCCUCGACCAAGACUGGUCCGAGCAGUUGAUAGAGACAAAGACCAAACAUAUUUCCUUUCGAGUAUAACGGAAUCAAGCUUAGAGAAGGCUAUCUUCCCAUUACAUCGUCUCCGAAAAACCGAAGUCCGCGAACUUGCUGCGCAAUAUAAGCUUCCUACAGCGGAAAGGUGCGAAAGUAUGGGCAUCUGCUUUGUCGGUGAGAAGAGACGGUUUGAAGAUUUCUUGGCUGAUUAUAUACUACCGAAUCCUGGCCCUAUCAUAGACUUAAUGACCGGGAAGGAGCUGGGAACGCAUCAAGGCCUCUGGAGAUAUACGAUUGGGCAAAAUGCGAAGAUUCCAGGAUUACCGGUGAAGAUGUUCGUUGCACGGAAAGAUUCGAAGGAGAAUCGCGUUUACGUUGUACCUGGCUCGUCUCAUCCGGCAUUGUACAGCUCAGGUGUCCUCGUCCGGGACUUCCAUUGGAUUUGGGAAGAUGAAAUUCCACGGGACGUCGACUGUCAACAACCCGGUCUCAGAGGGAGAGUCAAAAUCCGACAUCGUAUGACAGACGUGCCGUGUACAGUCAGAAGACAAUCAUCCAGAGAGCUUUUUAUUUUGUUUGCAGAACCGCUGUUAGCUGUCACUCCUGGACAGGUAGCUGCGUUAUACGAUGUGGACAGAGAAUGGUGUCUUGGGAGUGGUGAGAUCGUACAGAGCAUUCCCGUGAAUCCCGUUAAUGAUACUGGAAACUGGCUUAAUAAACUACUAUAAGGACACUACUUGUUCUAUACAACUACAAAAACUGCAUCUCCCGUUCUCUUUCUGACGAAUAGUCAAGAUAAUGUAAC